UCUCCGCUCCCUCUUUCCUCUUCGCGGUGGAGUCACGGUAAACCCUAAAUUUGUGAAAGCAAGUCUGAAGACCGCCCUCUGUCGACUCGAGAGGCGCUCGGCAUCCCCCACCUGCCCCCGCCGCUGCGCUUCCCGAAGUUGUCGCCGCCCCCAAGUCCUUCUCGUCGCUGCAGCGUGGCCGUGCUCCUCCACGUGCCAUUCUCCUUGCCGACCUGCUACUGCGCCGCCUUGCCGUCUCGCUCCACCCUGCCCCGCAACCCAGAUCCGCGCCGAUGGGGAGCACCGAGAGCGACGUGUCAUCCACAAUGUAUGGCGAUGUCCAAUCUGAAGUCCCCCAGCCAUCUUCAUCUCCUGUGAAGCCCGCCUCAACUUCGUGCCGAAAGACGAACUCCGUCAACACCUCUUUUGUCACGCAACUAAGAGAUCACUUCCACGAGUUUAUUCAUGCCUCCAUGGACGAACACAGGACAUGCUUAACAAACACUGUCAAGAAAUUGUUUGCGAUGUCAAAGGCCGUCGCAGAGAGAACCGCUGGGGCAAAAGAAGCUGGAGCUGAAAGCGUUUUGCCACUUCAGAGUGAAGUGUCGCGGUAGAAACAUACUCCGUAUGAUGCAAUGUCAGUUCUCUGUACUGAAAGUUUGUCGCUGUCACUAAGCAUAACCCUCAAGUCAAACAGUAGAGUUUCAAAUUUUUGGUGAAUAUAUUAUGUACAGUUACAUCAUGCUGUCGUCUUUUGACUGUCUAUGCAAGAAGAGAAACACUUCUUUCUCUUCUAUCUAUAGAUAGAAUCAGGCUACCCAACACUUGUUUUUU